AUGGGGAGGGUUGGAGAUCAGUUCCUUACCACUUUCAACCGAUUAUGGAAUGUCCAAGGUUUGGGCUCAUAUGUGGAGGAAUUGUGGACUCAGUAUUGCGAUCUUACGCUCAUGGUAACAGUAUGCAGGAGUGCGGGUAUGUGGAGGAAAAGAAACAUCGUCUAUUACGGAUAUGGCACUCCCCGAUGUGGCGACCAGGAAUUUGCUGCGCGCAUGGAUGAAUCCUCAUACCAUAGGUAUCGCAUCAACUGGCUCGCUGAUAAUAUACCGUAUGUAAUCAAUUACAAAUCUUGGCUUCUUGGUGGAGUAAUAAAUGAGGUAGAAACAUGCGAUUUUCCGGAAGACUACACAUGCAAUACCGGUACGGCAUCGAGCCAACACACAUCCUACUUUUCGACUUCUCAGGGAAAUUAUGAUGGACUCACCUGCGGACUGUUCACUACAUUUACCGUUGCUUGA